AUGGCACCCUCUAAAAAGGCACCUGCAUCCUCCAAGGCGCGGUCAUCCUCCUCGGCCGAGCCCCACCUCAAGAAAGUCAAGGGCGAGAACUUCUACCGCAAUGCGAAGGCGUCUCGCGCUCAAGAUGCUCAACGGCGGCAAGGCCGUGCGCGACAAGGACGGCAAGAUCAUCCAGGCCGCGGCCUUCCAGAAGGGGAGGACGAGACGUUGCCGGGCAGGGUGCAGCCUGACAGACGGUGGUUCGGCAACACGAGGGUCAUCUCGCAGACCGCGCUGGACCACUUCAGGACGAGUUUGUCGGGGAGGCAGAGUGACCCGUACUCGGUCCUUCUGCGAAGGAACAAGCUGCCUAUGGCACUCCUAGACGACGCGCAAAAUCGAAUGUCCGCAAGGUAUCGAUCACACAUCGUGGAGACCGAGCCCUUCAAAGAGACGUUCGGACCGAAGGCUCAGCGCAAAAAGCCAAGACUCGAUGUCGGCACGUUCGAAGAGCUCGUUAAGCAGGGCGACGUGGCGGCUAACGAGGCUGAGGCUGCAAAAAGCGAAGGUCAAGAGGGAGAGCCCGUUGCAUCGACUUCCUCGGACUUCCACACACAUGCAGAUAUCAUUGAGCCCAUUUACGCCAAGGGCACCUCUCGCCGGAUAUACGGCGAGCUUUACAAAGUCAUCGACUCCUCCGACGUCAUCCUCCACAUCCUCGACGCCCGCGACCCUAUGGGCACCCUCUGCGAGUCCGUGCUCGAGUUCAUCCGCAAGGAGAAGGCACACAAGCAGGUCGUGCUCAUCAUCAACAAAUGUGACCUCGUGCCCAACUGGGUGACCGCGCGGUACAUCCAGCACCUCACCCCGCGCUACCCCACGCUCGCCUUCCACGCGUCGCCGAACCACUCCUUCGGGAAGGGCUCGCUGAUCCAGCUCCUCCGCCAGUUCUCGCAGCUCCACUCCGACAAGAAGCAGAUCUCCGUCGGCUUCGUCGGCUAUCCGAACGUCGGCAAGAGCAGCGUCAUCAACACGCUCAAGAGCGGCAAGGUCUGCACCGUCGCGCCCGUCCCCGGCGAGACGAAGGUGUGGCAGUACAUCACGCUCACCAAGCGCAUCUACCUCAUCGACUGCCCCGGCAUCACGUCCACCGUCCUCAAGGGCGUCGUCCGCGUCGAGGCACUCGCCACGCCCUCGGAGCACAUCCCCGCGCUCAUGGCGCGCGUCAAGCCCGUGUACCUGUCGCGCACGUACAAUGUGCCCCUCCCGGACCCUGACGAUCCGUCGAAAGGGUGGGAGCCGGAGGCGCUCCUUGACAAGCUCGGGCGGAUGAAGGGGCGCCUGCUGAAGGGCGGCGAACCCGAUCACGAGGCGGUCGCGAAGAUCCUGCUGAGCGACUGGGUCCGCGGCCGGAUACCGUUCUUUGUGCGGAGGCGAAGAAGGCGAAGAGGAUGGCCGCGGAGAGCAAGGGGAAGCAGAAGGCGGAGAGGCAGCAUCAUGCAGAAGAAUACAUUUGUGGGAGAGGACGUGCGGCCGCUGGAGGUGGAAGAUGAGGCUGGUGUGGACGGUGGUGCCGAGGAUGAUGAGGGAGAGGCCGAGGAUGAUGUGGAGGACGGAGUGGCUGGAGACGAGGAUGGAAAGGAGCUCGGUUGGAAUGAUGUCUUCAAAGGGGACUCGACGGCGAGCAUAGAAGAAACGGCGACACCCUCUUCAGAGGUAGAGGACGAGGAAGAGGAAUGGGAGGGAGAGGGAGAAGAGAAGCCAAAGAAGGAUGGUCGUAUGACGACGAACAAGCGCAAAGCAACGAACUUCUACUCGUCCUCCAAUGUCAAGAAUAAGAACAGACACAAGGCCGCGCUCAUGAAGUCGCUGCCGACUGGCAAGCGUGCCGGUGGGACUCGCGGCCGUAGAUCAUGA